GCGGCGGGCGGGGACGGGUCAGGGUCUGGGGCCCGCGGGAGGAGCAGCGGCAGCGGCCGGAGCGGCAGCAGGAGCGGGAGCUGCGGGGGGAGCGGUGCCGCCGCGUUCGCGGCCCCCGGAGGGGCGGCUGUUGAUCCCCCGGCCGGCUGCCGCCCCCGCCGCGGGUGCCAUGGCCCUGGGCGGCUGAAGAGCCCCAGCGCCCUCCCCGGGACGAGUUAAUGGUAAAGUAAUGGAUUCCAAAGAAUUGAUUAACCCAUCGGAUCAAGACGGAACCAGGAAAAAUGCGCUCAUCAGUACCAAAGGAGGGAUCGUGAUGGACUUCCAUCCACCCUUCAGGGGUGGAGCUACUGUCCAARCCCCUGUGUCUACAUCUCCUCUCCCUGCAUCUUCUCAGUCAGAUUCCAGUCAGCAGCCUGCUUUGACUGACUUUCCAAAAGGAUUAGGAAACAAUGUGCCUCAGCCAGACCUUUCCAAGGCAGUGUCGCUCUCGAUGGGACUGUACAUGGGUGAAACAGAUGCAAAAGUGAUGGGAAACGACCUUGGAUUUUCGCACCAGGGCCAAAUCGGUAUCUCUUCUGGAGAAACGGACUUCAGGCUCCUGGAGGAAAGUAUUGCGAGCUUGAACAAGUCCUCGAGCCUGGCCGAGGACGCCAAGGGAUCCGCGUCUUCGGAGGUGCCGCUCGAGCCGGAUUUCCCAGGCAUGGCCGGACGCAGCGUGCCCGCAGAGUCGGGAACUGCGGUCCAAAGCCAGGUGGGCUCGAAUGGUGGCAACUUGAAGUUGUUCUCUGAAGACCAAAGCACCCUGGAUAUCCUCCAGGAUUUAGAAUUGCCGCCGGUGUCGCCGGGCAAGGAGCCCAACGGGAGCCCGUGGCGGCUGGACCCGUUGCUCGAUGACGGUGGCUUGCUGUCCCCCAUAUCCGCGGACGAUGCCUUUCUCCUGGAAGGAAGUCUCGGCGAAGACUGCAAGCCUCCUCUUUUAUCUGACACUAAACCUAAAAUUAAUGACCGUGGUGACCUUUUACCCAGUUCCAAAAUGCCAAUGCCUCAAGUGAAAACAGAAAAGGAAGACUUCAUUGAACUCUGUACUCCUGGCAUCAAGCAGGAAAACAUGGGCCCACUUUACUGCCAGGCCAACUUCUCCGGGUCRAACCUGCUGGGUACGAAAGUCUCGGCCAUCUCCAUCCACGGUGUCAGCACCUCUGGGGGACAGAUGUACCACUAUGAUUUAAAUACUGCCUCGCUCUCUCAGCAGCAGGAUCAGAAACCAAUUUUUAAUAUCAUUCCGUCUCUUCCUGCCGGGUCAGAAAAUUGGAAUAGGUGCCARGGAUCGGGGGACGAGGCACUGGCUCCACUGGGAACGCUCAACCUUUCUGGCAGACCUGCUUUCUCUAAUGGCUAUUCAAGCCCUGGAAUGAGGUCAGAUGUAAGCUCUUCUCCAUCCACAACCUCAGCRACCACGGGACCACCUCCCAAGCUCUGCCUGGUGUGCUCCGACGAGGCCUCCGGCUGCCACUACGGUGUCCUGACGUGUGGCAGCUGCAAAGUGUUCUUCAAAAGGGCAGUGGAAGGGCAGCACAAUUACCUGUGUGCCGGCAGGAACGACUGCAUCAUCGACAAGAUCCGCAGGAAGAACUGCCCCGCGUGCCGCUACCGCAAAUGUCUGCAGGCGGGGAUGAACCUGGAAGCUCGGAAGACCAAGAAGAAGAUCAAGGGUCUGCAGCAGGGUGGCACGGCGGGGGCACGCGAGGCAGAGACGGCAGCGGGCAGCAAGAGCAUCGUGCCCGCCUCGCUGCCACAGCUCACCCCCACCCUGGUGUCCCUGCUCGAGGUCAUCGAGCCCGAGGUGCUCUACUCKGGCUACGACAGCUCCCUGCCCGACUCCAGCUGGAGGAUCCUGUCCACCCUCAACAUGCUGGGGGGACGCCAGGUGGUGGCCGCGGUCAAGUGGGCAAAGGCGAUCCCAGGUUUCCGAAAUUUGCACCUGGAUGACCAAAUGACCCUUCUGCAGUACUCCUGGAUGUUCCUGAUGGCUUUUGCUUUAGGCUGGAGAUCCUACAAGCAGUCCAACGGCAAYCUGCUGUGCUUUGCUCCAGACCUGAUCAUUAAUGAGCAGAGGAUGAACCUGCCAUGUAUGUAUGAACAAUGCAAACACAUGCUGAUGGUGGCCCGAGAGCUCUCCCGCCUCCAGGUCUCCUACGAGGAGUAUCUCUGCAUGAAGACAUUGCUUCUCCUCUCUACAAUUUCCAUGGCAGGAGUGAGGAGCCAGUCCCUGUUUGAGGAGAUCCGCAUGACGUACAUCAAGGAGCUGGGCAAGGCCAUYGUCAAGAGGGAAGGGAACUCCAGCCAGAACUGGCAGCGAUUUUAUCAACUGACUAAACUGCUGGACUCUAUGCAUGAUGUGGUGGAAAAUCUUCUGAGCUUUUGCUUCCAGACCUUUUUGGAUAAAUCCAUGAGUAUUGAGUUCCCAGAAAUGUUGGCAGAAAUCAUCAGCAAUCAGAUACCAAAAUAUUCCAAUGGAAAUAUCAAGAAGCUCUUGUUUCAUCAGAAGUGACUGCCUUAACACAAAGGGUUGCCUUAAGAAACCGUCACACGAUAGCUUUGUUUUGUAAAGAGAAAACCUACAGAACUUGUUCCUUUUGUCCUCGCAGGUGUUUCUUUUGUAAUUAUGCACUACAUGUGGUUUACAGAGGGCCAAGAGUUAGGCUGGAGAAGCAGCGGAUUUUCUCACCGUUUGGGAAAGAAUUGGGGAGAAAGGAAAGGAAAAGAAAUCGGUUUAGGCAGAAAUUUUCUCUCUCCCCUUGUGCACCAUCCCCAGAUGCAUCAAACCACCAGUGACAAGCUCUGAGGCUGUUACGAACAUUCUGCUAAUUAAUUAAUUAAUUGCUGCAGUUGGCUGGAGACAAUUUUUUAGGCUUUUUUUUUUUAUUUUAGUAAAGAGUUUUGGAUUUUUUUUUUUUAAAGUUAAGGUAGUAUUUUGGUUUAUGCAUGUAACCUGAAGAAAGUUUACAAGUGUAUAUCAGAAAAGGGAAGUUGUGCCUUUUAUAGCUAUUACUGUCUGGUUUUAGCAAUUUCCUUUAACUUUAUAUACCGUGAACUCGGCUUGUUCAUUUUUUCUUACAUAAUUUUUUUGUAAUACUUCAAGAUGCCUAUUGUACAGCUGGUUUUUUAAGGUGGGGCAGCUCGUAGCUUUCCUAAACGACCUUUAGACAGUAAAUACUCGAGUAGAUUCAUGUGAAACUGGGUUGGGCUUUUCUAACCUAACGCUUUCCACCGGCAAAGYGGCCAUAAAAAUUGAGCUUUUUGUAAGGGCCAGGGUGGGUGGGAGAAMCUUCUCCAAUCUCAUUUCAGUAGAUCCAGAUGAAACAAAUCCUUUUUGGUAUAUUGCAAAAGUGUUGGAUAUGCAGAUUCACAGAAAAUUAACCCAGUCCUAACUGGAUGUAAAUGAKCAGGUUAUUUUAUAUAUUGAAAAAAACAAAAAAGAAGCCUGAUUUUUGCAUAUGAUGCAACAG